UGUGUGUGUGUGCAUGUGUGUGCGUGCGGCUCACUGAGUGUAUGCGUACUGACACCUGGCGCUCGCCCUCCCUCGCUGCUCACAUUGUGGAGAGCUCUCUGCCUGUCUGGGCCAUUCUUUACCUCUCUCUCUCUUUUUCUCCCUCUAUCCCCCUCUCUUCCCUCUCUCUGUCUUUUGUCCUCUUCUCUCUGGCUUUUCUCCCCGCGUUGUUUUUUUUCCUCCUCGUCCCUUUACAAUCUCCUCCUUUUGUUUAGGAUUUCCUUUACUAUGGUGCAGGAUUUUUAUUGCCUGGGCGGACGCUGCGCUCGACUGACAAAGAUGGUGGGAGCGAGGACUUGGCAGACCCCCGCUCGCCCAGUCUAGACCCGCACCUGAGCCACGUUGGCCAAGGUGGCAGCAUAGACAGCGACUGUGCCUUUGAAGGAGACUACGCCGUGCCCCCGCUCUCAAUGACCGAGGGCAUGCAGCACAUUCGCAUAAUGGAGGGCGUGUCACGCUCAUUGCCCUCCUCCCCGCUGCUCACCCACCAGACCAUCAGUGUCAGGCUGCAGCCGGUGAAGAAGCACACAGCCCCUCUGCGGAAAGCAAAGUUUGUGGAGAGCCCUCGCAUUCCACAAUCAGAGCUUGGCUCCCCUACACACACCUCCACCACUGCCAAGAAUCCAGACCUGGACACAUACUGCCCUGGGGAGUCAAGCCAGGAGCUGGGCCCCCCUCCGUCGGUGGAUGAGGCAGCCAACACAUUGAUGACGCGCCUGGGUUUCCUUCUGGGAGACAAAGUGAGCGAGGGGCCAGCCGGUACCCAGUACAGCAUGGAGGAACCCGAGGCAAGACAGGGCCAGAACCAGAGGAUCAGCCCGUGCUCCACCCUAACCAGCAGCACUGCCUCACCCCCUGCAGGCAGCCCCUGCUCCACCCUCCCUCCUGCCAUGCCUGGCCAGGCCGGCAACAAGGACUGCGCCUACGGCUCCGUCACCAGUCCCACCUCGACACUGGAGAGCAGGGACAGCGGGAUUAUCGCCACAUUGACCAGCUACUCGGAGAACAUGGAGCGAGGCGGCAAAUACGGCGAGGGCUCCCGGGGAAACCUGAAGCUAUGGCAGUCCCAGAAAUCAGGCAUGGACUCGUUCCUGUACAGGGUGGAUGAAAACAUGACCGCCUCCACCUACAGCCUCAACAAAAUCCCUGAGCGCAACCUGGAGAGCAUGUCCUCCCACUCUGCCCACUCCAUCCCUCUGUACCUCAUGCCCCGCCCUAACUCUGUGGCUGCGACCAGUUCAGCCCACCUGGAGGACCUGGCAUACCUGGAUGAGCAGAGACACACUCCAUUACGCACCUCGCUGCGCAUGCCCAGACAGAGCACCACCUGCGGGCCGGGUCGCUCCGGGCAGGACCUGAGAGUGCGUUUUGCACCUUAUCGGCCUCAAGACAUCGCCCUCAAACCUCUGCUGUUUGAGGUGCCGAGCAUCACCAUGGACUCUGUCUUCACGGGCCGCGAGUGGCUCUUCCAGGAGAUCGACGCCCACCUCAACAGCCCCAACGCCAGCACCAACCGCGGCGUGGCAGUCGUGGGUAACAUCGGCUUCGGCAAGACCGCGAUCAUCUCGCGCCUUGUGGCGCUCAGCUGCCACGGCACCCGCAUGAGACAGAUUGCCUCCGACAGUCCUCAGGCCUCGCCCAAACAUGGAGAGGGGCUCCCUCUCACUCAGCCCCAGCCCACACACGGCACCCUGGGAGGAGGCAGCUGUCCCGGGACCCCUGAGAUGAGGCGACGUCAGGAAGAAGCCAUGAGGAGGCUGGCAUCUCAGGUGGUGGCGUACCACUACUGCCAGGCAGAUAACGCCUACACCUGCUUGGUGCCGGAGUUUGUGCACAACGUGGCGGCUUUGCUGUGCCGCUCGCCGCACCUAGUCGCCUACAGGGAGCAGCUGCUGAGGGAGCCGCACCUACAGAGCAUCCUGAGUCUGCGCUCCUGCGUCCAGGACCCCCUGGCCUCCUUCAGGAGGGGUGUCCUGGAGCCCCUGGAUGCACUUUACAAUGAGAGGAAGAUCAGCUCCGAGGAGGAUCUCAUCAUCCUCAUAGACGGUCUCAACGAGGCAGAGUUCCACAAGCCGGACUACGGAGACACCAUCGUGUCCUUCCUCACCAAAACCAUCAACAAGUUCCCUCCCUGGCUCAAACUGGUCGUCACAGUCAGAACUACGCUACAGGAGAUAACCAACGCACUGCCGUUCCACCGCAUCUCCCUGGACGGCCUGGAGGAGAACGACGCCAUCGACCAGGACCUGCAGGGCUACAUCCUGCACCGCAUCCACAGCAGCCCGGAGAUCCAGAACAACAUCUCGCUCAACGGCAAGAUGGACAACACCACCUUCGGCAAGCUCAGCGCCCACCUCAAGGCCCUGAGCCAGGGCUCCUACCUGUACCUCAAGCUCACCUUUGACCUCAUCGAGAAGGGCUACCUUGUGCUCAAAAGCUCCAGCUAUAAGGUGGUUCCAGUCAACCUGGCCGAGGUGUACCUGCUGCAGUGCAACAUGCGUUUCCCCACGCAGUCUUCGUUCGAGCGGGCGCUUCCACUGCUCAACGUGGCCGUGGCCUCGCUUCAUCCGCUGACUGAUGAGCAGAUAUAUCAGGCCAUCAAUGCCGGCUCGCUGCAGGGCACGCUGGACUGGGAAGAUUUCCAGCAACGUGUAGACAACCUGUCAGUCUUCCUGGUGAAGAGGAGGGACGGGACCAGGAUGUUUGUUCACCCGUCCUUCAGGGAGUGGCUGAUCUGGAGAGAGGAAGGAGAAAAGACAAAGUUCCUCUGCGAUCCGAGGAGCGGUCACACCCUGCUGGCCUUCUGGUUCUCUCGGCAGGAGAACAAGCUGAACAGACAGCAGACUAUUGAGCUGGGCCAUCACAUCCUCAAAGCACAUAUCUUCAAGGGCCUCAGCAAGAAAGUUGGGGUUUCCUCAUCCAUCUUGCAAGGCCUGUGGGUCUCCUACAGCACAGAGGGCCUUUCAGCUGCACUUUCUUCACUCCGAAACCUCUACACUCCCAACAUCAAGGUGAGCCGACUGCUGAUGAUGGGGGGCGCCAAUGUAAACUACCGUACAGAGGUGCUGAACAACGCCCCCGUCCUGUGUGUCCACUCCCACCUGGGCUACAUGGACAUGGUGGCUCUGCUGCUCGAGUUUGGCGCCUCUGUCGACGCUCCAUCUGAAAGCGGCCUCACGCCACUGGGCUACGCCGCUGCUGGAGGACACAUGGCCAUUGUGACUGCACUUUGCCGCAAGAGAGCGAAGGUGGAUCACCUGGAUAAGAACGGCCAGUGCGCUCUGGUUCACGCAGCUCUCAGGGGCCACAUGGAGGUGGUGAAGUACCUCAUCCAGAGCGACUGGUGCAUGGGCUCCCAGCAGCAGCAGUCGCCACAAACCCAACAACAGGCGGCCUUCACCAAGAGCCACGCGGUCCAGCAGGCGCUCAUCGCUGCAGCCAGUAUGGGAUACACCGAGAUUGUGUCCUACCUGCUGGACCUGCCAGAGAAAGAUGAAGAGGAGGUGGAGCGAGCUCAGAUCAAUAACUUUGACACCCUGUGGGGGGAGACAGCUCUGACUGCAGCCUCCGGUCGGGGGAAGCUGGAAGUUUGUCGUCUGUUACUGGAGCAGGGGGCGGCUGUGGCCCAGCCCAACAGACGAGGCAUCGUCCCGCUGUUCAGCGCCGUCAGACAGGGACACUGGCAGAUCGUGGACCUCCUCCUCACACACGGCGCAGAUGUCAACCUGGCUGAUAAGCAGGGUCGCACUCCUCUAAUGAUGGCCGCCUCAGAGGGACACCUGGGGACUGUGGAGUUUUUAUUAUCUCAAGGAGCCUCUCUGUCUCUGAUGGACAAGGAGGGGCUGACCGCUCUGAGCUGGGCCUGUCUCAAAGGACACUUACCUGUCGUCCGCUGCCUGGUGGAGAGCGGAGCCGCCACCGACCACGCAGACAAGAACGGUCGCACGCCCCUUGACCUGGCGGCCUUCUACGGUGACUCUGAAGUGGUCCAGUUCUUGGUCGACCACGGCGCCAUGAUAGAGCACGUAGACUACAGCGGGAUGCGUCCUCUGGACAGGGCGGUGGGCUGCAGAAACACAUCGGUGGUGGUCGCCCUGCUCAAGAAAGGAGCCAAGAUAGGAUGUCAGACGCUGCCCAGUCGGCCCCGAGGUCCAGCCACGUGGGCCAUGGCCACCUCCAAACCCGACAUCAUGAUCAUCUUACUCAGCAAACUCAUCGAGGAGGGGGACAGCUUCUACAAGAAGGGGAAGGUGAAGGAGGCAGCGCAGCGUUAUCAGUAUGCCCUCAAAAAGUUUCCACGCGAAGGCUUCAGCGAGGACCUCAAGACUUUCAGGGAACUCAAAGUAUCGCUCUUCCUCAACCUGUCCCGAUGUCGGAGGAAAAUGAACGACUUUGGGAUGGCUGAGGAAUUUGCUACGAAGGCACUUGAACUGAAACCAAAAUCCUACGAGGCGUACUAUGCCAGAGCACGCGCCAAGCGUAGCAGCAGACAAUUUCCUGAAGCCUUAGAGGACCUGAAUGAAGCCAUGAGGCAGUGCCCCAACAACCGAGAGAUCCAGCGGCUGCUCCAGAGGGUGGAGGAGGAGUACCACCAGCUCAACCAGGAGGAGCACCAGCAGCAGGACCUGGAGCUGGAGCCUCCUCCCUCCCCUCCUCCUACGCCUCCCCCGGAAGACGAGGAGUCCCUGUCCCUGUCCAUGCCUCUCCCCCCUCCCCCUGAGCCCCGACUGGAGGACAUGGAGCCCGUCCAGGACCUGUUUGAGGACGAGGACUACCUGGAGCAGGAGCUGGAGGCCAUGUCUGUGGGUCUGCCUCCGCCCGAGUCUCUCACCAACCCCUCCAGCCUUCCCAUCAUCCAGAGCCCGCCGCUGUCGCCGACGCAUCCAGAUCAGAUCUACUUAGCUGGAGGUUCGCCCAUGGGACAACCGUACGAGUAUCACCCCACCUCCUCCUCUAUGUCCUCCCCGACCCGCGCCUCCUACCAGCCGACAUCGCCGUCCCUCUCCCCGACGCAUCAGAACCACUACCGACACAGCCCGCCUCACACCUCCCCGGUGCACCAGUCGUCUUACGGCUUCAGCCCGCCUUCUAUGGGCAGCGGGGGUCAAGGGAUGGACCAUCAGAGUCCUCCGCCGUCCCCUUUACGCCGCGCUGCUCAAUACAGAGCCAGCCCGCCUGUAGAGAGCGUUUGUCUGUACAGGUCCCAGUCCGGGUCGCCUGUUCGCUACCAGACAGAGCAGCUCCCCGGCCGACCCAAAUCUCCCCUCUCCAAGAUGAGCAGCCAGCGUUCGUUCCAGCUGACCUCGCAGCAGUCUCUGUCCUCCCACCAAGCCCAAGGCCUUCGCCUGCAGCCUUCGAUUGCCCAAAUCGUCCGCACAAACCAGCCCAACAGCCUCUACAGCGGCCAGAUGGGACACUCCAUGGGUGGUCGCUACCAGGGGGACGUCGAGAGCCGCCUCGUGUACCAGCCCUCCCUGGAUGGGCGGUCCAUGCCCCAGGCUAGCCUCAGCUCUGGGGCCCUCUGUCAGCACGGCGGCCGAGGAGGGGUUAUGGAGUCGGGCCUGUUGAAGGACGAGCUACCCCAGCGCCCCUCCUCUGCCUACCGCGCCAGCAGCGGGGGCCCGGGGGGCAUCCGUUACAGCCAGACGCCUCAAAUCAGCCGCAGCCAGUCCGCCGCUUACUACCCCGUCUCUGAACAUGUUCUAGAGCGAGCUAACGCCAUGCCCCCCUGCCAGCUGGGCUCCCCUGAGAUCCCCCACAUGGUGAGACGCCCCGUCAGUGCCAACACUACUGAGAUGAAGCAGCACGUGCCCACGCCGAGGCCACUUAUCCACUCACAGAGCGUCGGCCUCCGAUUCUCUCCGUCCAGCAACAAUAUUUCAACCGGAUCCACCUCGAAUUUAGCGCCGGGUUUCAGGCCGUCCACUUCCAUUCAACAGAUGGAGAUCCCCCUGCAGGCCACGUACGAGCGCUCCUGUGACGACAUCUCUCCCAUUUCUCCCUCUCAAGGCGGCGGCGGGCUGUACCCGGGCGAGACCACGCGCUCCCGGAACACGCCCUUCAUGGGCAUCAUAGACAAGACGGCGCGGACUCAGCAGUACCUGCAUCAGCCCUCGCGGUCCAGAGCCAUGACAUCCAUGGACUCCGCCAUCAGCCCGACGUCGCCCGGCCAGCUGGUCCAGCAAGGCUCCACUUACAGCCCCCCUGCGUCGCUUGGCAACAUCGCCUACUACAACAAGACCAACAACGCCCAGAACGGACACCUCUUGGAGGAGGACUACUACGCCCAGACGCAGCCGCCGUCGCUGGGCAAGCUGGCCAACGGCUCCCGUGGCGGUGGCGACAUCCUGGAGCGGGUCAGCCAGGUGCCCACGUACCCGGAUGUGAAGGUGGCGAGGACUCUUCCCGUGGCGCAGGCCUACCAGGACAACAUGUACCGCCAGCUGUCGCGUGACUCCCGGACCCAAGGCCCCACGUCCCCCAUCAAACCAAAGAGACCAUUUGUGGAGUCUAAUGUGUGAUGUGAUUGGCUGGUUGGACUCGGCUCGUUAGUGGGAGAGGAAGAAAAUCGACAGCUGCUGACCCCGGACGAACUCAAAGAACUCAUCAGAGAGAAGCCCACACAGCCGACACACACACACACACACACACACACACACACACACACACACACACACACACACACACACACACACUUAGGGUAUUAGACUUUAUCUCAAAAACAUAACUAUCAGUGAGAUUUCAUCGUCAUAUUCUGCACACAGGCGGGACAACAGGAGCGUCCUCACUUCUGAAUCAAAGAGCGGUGCACUUCCGGAACGUUGUGCGGCACAAAGUCGAACACAACAGAGUGAACGUACGAACCAUCGGACUCGACUCGCGGACUCCGUAUCCAUCUUCUGUUCUUUCAAAGUGUGCUCUUAACCACGGUUGCUAGUAGGCUCUAUUCUAUGUAAUACAAUAUUCUAUGUUCAAUACUGUACAUUGCUCAGAAAAAUACAAACGGCUCAACGACUCAGUACUUAGAGAAAAAUGACAAUAUUUAUAAUUAAGUUAUAUAUUGUACAUAGAAAGGAAACAUAGUUUGCGUUUGAAUUGUAUUCUGUUCACCCUGCCUUUGUGUCCCACUGCUAGUCAUAUGGAGGUGGAAACUCGAGCGAGACUGGGACAUCGACCAACUUUGAAUGAUAUAAUUACCUCUAUUGUGUCCAAAUAAAAAAAAGAUUGUGUCGUUGUUUAAUGCAAAAAAAAAGCUUCCUAAACGAUCUGAAGGAUGUAGCUAAUGAGUAUUUUAUUUAUCGGUUAAUCUGCAUCAGUAAAACAUCAAAAAAGAGUCAAAUGUGUGCAGAAUAAUUUCCCAGAGUCCAUGAUGAUUUAUUUGGAUGUUUUGUUUGACCAACAGAUCAAAACCCAAAUCCUCACAUUAGAGAAGCUAGAACAAGUGAAUUUUAGGCCAUUAAUUUCCCGUCAAUCAACCUGUGUUUUUGCUCUAAGUUUUAUAAAAGCACAGAGAAUAAGAGGAUCAGAAAAUGCAUGUAAACACUUAAAAUAUUAUCAGAAUGAGAAUUAAACUACCACAAAAUCUGUAUUUUCUGUUUUUCUCUUUAGUGUCAUAUAGGGGUGGAAAUUAAUCAUUUUUAUUUAUGCCAAUGCCGUUAUCGAUUCUGCAUAUCGGUCCACUUCUUCAUCAAUUUCAUAACUGAUGUGGAUGUGUUUAUUAUUUUUUUCAGGGUUUCCACCUGGAAAAACCUGGAAAAGUCAUGGAAUCAGUCAAAAUCAUGCACAAUUUUAAAAAAGUUAUGGAUUUAACAUAUAUAUAGAAAUUGCUACAAUAAUCUUCUGUGGAUCUUCCACAUCGUGUAAUACUGCAGCAAAUGUAUUUUUUUAAUAUGCACUGAUGUGUAUCAUUUUUUUAACACAACGCACGUUUCUUCAUUAUCUCCCACGUUUCAUCUCUCGCUCCAGCUGAAAUGACGUUUGAAUAUGAUGUGUUUGAACGACACACACAAAAAAGAAUUGUUUUUAUGGGUCAUGGAAAAGUUUUGAAAUUUUAUAGGACCCUGUAAAGGAACCGUCAAAAAGGACCGAAUACUCACAUUUCACUUUUUUGUUUAGCUCACAUCAUUAGCAGUUAUAAUUUUCAAUUUACUGUCAUUAGAGGAGUAAAGAAACCAGAAAAUAUUCACAUUUAAGAA